GUUUGUCCCUUAGAAGUAGUGAUAAUCUAACAACGUCAUAGUUUACGCGGGAAUUACUGGGCAAUAAAUGAAAAACAUUUUUAUCGGCAUUAAGGCGCUGCGGGAUAGGUUUGUUGAAAAUGUCGAUCCAGGGGGUGUUUACAUAAUGCCAGCCCACGCAACAGCACCUUUGUCCUCCUGCCAGGAAGUAACGAAUAACAACAUACUGCAUGGCGGCCCAUGGCACCACUGUUUAGAUACCAGUGGUAUCGACUUGUUUCACAACACGCCGAUUUACCACACACUUACAAACGCAGUGACAACGCUCCGCUCACUCUUAGACGGUAUUCAGGACGAGGAAGCCAGUGGGAUGUAUCCAACGCUUACCAUUUAAAACACAGUCAUUACAAGGCUGUCGCUAGACCAGUCGGGAUGGGUACAUCCCCCAUCAGCUCGAAAGCCACCCUCGCCAGCUGGGAGUCUCUGCGGUUGGACAACCUGGCUCUUCGGUCCCUUCCCAUAGACUCGUCUAAAGUUAAUGUUCCCAGGCAGGUUCCUGGGGCUUGUUUCUCUAUGGUGAGGCCUACCCCUGUGGAAAAUCCACAACUUGUCGCUUUUUCGGCGCCAGCUUUGGCACUACUAGGGCUGGUCAGCGAGGACGCAAACCAGUGGGAAGAGUUGCUAUCAGAAUAUUUUAGCGGUAACAAGCUGUUUCCGGGAUGCGAACCUGCAGCUCACUGCUACUGCGGGCAUCAAUUUGGAAACUUCGCCGGGCAGCUGGGAGACGGAGCCGCAAUGUAUCUUGGCGAAGUAAUAAAUGACCAGGGGGAGAGGUGGGAGAUCCAGCUCAAAGGGGCUGGACCAACGCCUUAUUCCAGGCAAGCAGAUGGACGCAAAGUUCUCAGGUCAAGCAUCAGAGAGUUCUUGUGCAGUGAGGCCAUGUUUCAUUUAGGAAUUCCAACAACUCGAGCAGGAACAUGUGUUACAUCAGACUCUGUGGUUCUCCGUGAUAUCUUCUAUGAUGGCAAUGCAAAACCUGAACGGUGCAGUGUUGUUCUCCGCAUUGCUCCUACAUUUAUAAGAUUUGGAUCAUUUGAGAUAUUUAAACCAACUGAUGAAUUUACAGGUCGCCAGGGUCCUAGUGUCGGUAGGAAUGACAUCCGCAUACAGAUGCUUGAUUAUGUGAUUGGCACAUUCUAUCCAGAAAUACAGAAAGCUCAUGCUGACAAAGUCACAAGAAAUGCUGCAUUUUUCAAAGAAAUAACAAAAAGAACAGCAAAGCUUGUUGCUGAAUGGCAGUGUGUUGGCUUUUGUCAUGGUGUUCUGAACACAGAUAACAUGAGUAUUGUUGGACUCACUAUUGAUUAUGGCCCAUUUGGAUUUCUGGACAGAUAUGACCUGGAUCACAUUUGUAAUGGCUCAGAUAAAUCUGGGCGCUAUGCUUACAGUAAGCAACCGGAGAUUUGCAAAUGGAAUGUGGAAAAGCUUGCAGAAGCUCUUGUUCCAGAGUUACCACUUGAUAUCAGCCAAACCAUUAUAGAAGAAGAAUUUGAUACAGAAUUUAAAAAACAUUAUCUCUUAAAGAUGAGAAAGAAACUUGGAAUUUUCCAACAAGAAUUGGAAGAGGAAGACGAUGAGCUAAUAUCAGAAUUGCUGCAAACAAUGCAUUCUACAGGUUCAGAUUUUACAAAUACAUUUCGUUUGCUGAGCUCUUUUCCAUUUCCUCAACUGUCAGAAUCUUUUUUGUUGGAAGACUUCAUUGAGAAGCUGCUAGAUCAGUGUGCGUCUAUAGAAGACCUCAAAGUGGCUAAUAGGCCUCGCAUGGACCCAAGACAGCUUUCCUUGUUCUUGAUGUUGUCGCAGUCCAACCCACAGCUCUUAGAAAUGAUUGGUAGUAAAGCCAUUGUGGAUAAAGAACUGGAGCGUAUCAAACAGUAUGAAGAGCUACAGGAGCUAACCACAGAUGAACUGCGCAAGAAAAACAAAAAUAAGUGGACUGAGUGGCUUCAGAAAUACAAGUCCCGUUUAGCAAAAGAAACAGAGGGUGUUCCAGACUUAAAUGCAUUAAAUUCCCAGAGGAUCACUUUGAUGAACUCCAACAACCCAAAGUUUAUCUUGAGGAACUACAUCGCCCAGAAUGCCAUUGAAGUAGCAGAGAAUGGAGAUUUUUCAGAGGUGAGACGAGUUUUAAAGCUUCUGGAAACUCCAUACAGUGAUGAGGAUAUGUGCCUUGAAGAGUUUGGAAGGCAGACAGAGUCUUCAUUAGAGGACGCUGAUGGUAGCUCUGCUUUAGAGGAGCCUUCUGCACAGUGUGGCCUGACAGUUAAAAAGGGCCUUUCUUACUGCAGUAAGCCGCCAAUCUGGGCUUCAGAACUUUGUGUCACGUGAUCUUCAUAAAUGCCUUAUUUACUGUCCUCCUGCACCCUGUUUGUGGUUGGACAUUAAAGCAAGGCAAUAGUUGGAGUGCUGCUAAAUCUAAAACAAACGGGCUCUGGUAAUGCUGACAUAACUUAAGGUUCCUUCUGUUUUAAUGUAAAAAAACACACUUUAUUGUAAAUAUUUAAUUAACGAAUAAAUUAAACAUCAUAUCUCAUUAAGUUAGUAUCAGACUUAAAAAGUGAAGUAAAUGAUGUGAGGUGGGUGAGGCCAGAAAUUUGCACAUUUUUAAAUGUUGGUCUUACAAAAACACCAUUAUUAACAUGAUCCAGUUGUGGAUUAUUGCUUCAGUGAUGCUACUGUGAAAUUAGUAGAACAAAAUGUUUUGGAAAAGUAUUUCCGCUUUAGUAAAAUAAAGCUUUAAGUUACAGUAGUGGGCUUCACAGGUGUGGCAAUAACUCCCAGGAGGUAUCUUUAAUUCUGCAGUUGAGUAAAAGGGGAUUAUGAUACCAAUCAAACUGCUGCCCAUUUGAUGACUUGUAGGUUUUCUGUCAGCUGUACGAUCCCAUGUUUUAGAAAUACAAGUAGAAUUAAUACACAGACAUGUGGAGUGUAAGUUUGUGGUGCUGGUCUUCAGUGGCAUGUAUCCACAGUAGUAGCAGCAAGGUUCUGAUGAUGCCACAACACAAUACAUUUUUAUUGUCUCUUUGGACAUUCAUGUAGUGAUUUUUAUGCUUUGUUGUAGCAGAUGUUUUGAGGUACAGUCAGGCUCAGUUCAGUGAUAUUGUAGAAUACCCAACUGAAUGGUGCCAGAGGAGUGACCAACCCAACACGAGAUCAUGUAACAACUGAUGUCCUAGAAAAGCUUGCUGAGGAGGGUUAGGACUGGCCAGUGUAAGCUGCCCAUCCUGGGGAGGGAGGUCCGUUUUGUUGCACUGCUGAUACUCAGUAGAGGAUACGGGCAAGAUGUCAGCCUUUUUUUUUGUUUUAAAUAAAGCAGUAAGCAUGCCAAGCAAUGAAUGAUUGUGUGUGUGUGCCCACACAUAAUUUGGGGCAUUUUUGUCAACCUUCAGUUCAUGGAUACCUGCAUCAGCUGCACAGAUUAUAGGUUAAGCUUACAUCAGAAAAUCUCCUGUGGGCUGCCUGGGUGACAACCAUGCCACAUUUGUCACUCCAUGUAAGGGAAAAAUGACCAUAACCAGUAGGUGGUGGGCCAAAUGGUCAACAGGUAUCAGCAGCCAUAAAAAGAAUUUAAAGAAAGCAACAGUGAAAAUAGAAAUUUUUGUUGAGAAAAUAAGAACAUGCAGGAAGUCCCUCCCACUUCACUAAUCUCCAGCUUUCUCAAUUAACAGGAAGUCCCGCCCACUUCACUAAUCUCCAGCUUUCUCAAUUAACAGGAAGUCCCUCCCACUUCACUAAUCUCCGUCUUUCUCAAUUAACAGGAAGUCCCUCCCACUUCACUAAUCUCCAUCUUUCUCAAUUAACAGGAAGCCCCUUCCCACUUCACUAAUCUCCAGCUUUCUCAAUUAACAGGAAGCCCCUUCCCACUUCACUAAUCUCCAGCUUUCUCAAUUAACAGGAAGUCCCUCCCACUUCACUAAUCUCCAGCUUUCUCAAUUAACAGGAAGUCCCUCCCACUUCACUAAUCUCCAGCUUUCUCAAUUAACAGGAAGCCCCUUCCCACUUCACUAAUCUCCAUCUUUCUCAAUUAACAGGAAGUCCCUCCCACUUCACUAAUCUCCAGCUUUCUCAAUUAACAGGAAGUCCCUCCCACUUCACUAAUCUCCAGCUUUCUCAAUUAAGAACAUCUCUAAAGGUCUAACAUACUAAGCAGGCAUCAGUGAGGCUGAAAGCUGUGCACUUUGACAAGAACCGGCUGAGAUCUGCUUUUUUCCAGAAUGUUCAAUCAUGUCUUCUACCAGAGACCUGGGGUUCAUAGGUUCAUACUAGGCUAUCUGCCCUAGGGCAUUUAUAAGCCUAGCCCAGAGUUUUGUGACUUUCGCCACCCCUUUAGUUUGAAGGAUACU